GCUUGUCAUCGCUUCAUACUGAUCCAGACUAGGGCAUCAAGAUCUUCUCGAAGGCAGUUCCUGAGGCCACUUUCGUCGAUAUCGAGAAGAGAAUGCGUGAGGAAAACCUCAAGUUCUACAUCAUCGCGCUGGAAAGGGAAGCGAACAGUUGUAUCAGCUUCAUCAAUCUCCAAGGCAAGCUAGACUGUACAUACGUGGUUGGAUACUUCUUCAGCCCCAAGCCACAGCGUGCGCAUCUUAGAGAGCGUUGGCCAUCUAGCGACGAUGAGAAUCUUGAGCGCCUCGAGGAUGCUGGUUUGCCUUACGAUCGUCAGGUCCCCAAGUGCGGCAAUUGCGGUGAAAUGGGCCAUACUGCCCGUGGCUGCACGCAGGAACGAGCCGAGAUUGAGCGUGUCGAAGUGAAAUGCGUCAACUGCAGUGCUGUCGGUCAUCGCGCUCGCGACUGCACUGAGCCUCGUCGUGACAAGUUUGCCUGUCGUAACUGCGGGUAUGUGGUCAGCCCUAGAUCUUCAGAAUUUGAGGCAACUGACAUCUGCAAGUUCUCCUGAGCACAAAGCUGCUGAAUGUCCCAACCCUCGCUCAGCGGAGGGUGUGGAGUGCAAGCGUUGCAACGAAGUCGGACAUUUCGCAAAGGACUGCCCUCAGAAACCUGAGCCCAGGA